GAAGUAUCUGGUGUGUGUGUGUGUGUUUGGGCAGGCAGGCAGGUUGGCGUGAUCUCCGUCUCUACCCGGUUUGUUUUGUUCUCUAACAAAGUGCGAGUGACGGAGCGGCGCUCGGCUCAUCGGGUAGAGCACGGACAGCGUCUUUGUUUUGUAUGUACAGUGGCCUGGAUUCUAUUUUGACGCCACAAAAUGGGUCCUGGUUAGGAUUAUUUCUGAAAUAAAACAGCAUUGAGUUUCAGGGGCAAGCUGAUGCGGCUCAGGGGCGAUCGGCGGCCCGCUGCCGUGUGUGAAGCCUGGGGCUGAAUUAAUCUACAGUCGCCGCGGAGGAAAGGACAAGCCGAUAACGACUCCUCAUUAUAGGACAACAAAGAAACAGAUCUCCUGAUUCUCUUCUGGGAGUGCUCUCACUUGAAACGCCGCCAAGAUAGCUGGACCGGGCAGGAAACGGCACAGCUCAGAUCCAGACCCCAGUGGAAGCGGCUCCGGCAGCGGGAGCGAGGUAGGAGACGGCCGAACCAUCAGCGGCAAGUGGCUGAAAAUGGCCAGCAGCAGCACAGGAUCCAGCGAAUCAGGCCGCAGGCGAGGUCAGAGGGGACCGGAUGACACGGUCAGCACCAGCAAGAAGAAGCAGAAGGACAGAGCCAACCAGGAGAGCAAAGAGGCCAAACGGGUGGCUACCAGCACAGAGACUAAGAAAGACUUGUUUCUGGACUGGAAGCAGAAUGCAUACGAGGUGAUAGUGAGGCUGAACUGUGGAGGUGCUGGGGAGCUGAGAGUAGAAGAUAUCGAGUAUGACUUUUCAAAUUCCGCCUGCCACAUCCGGCUGCCAGAUGGACGUGAAUGGAGCUGUCAUCUCCAUGAAGAGAUUGAAGCCUCCUGCAGUAAAUUGAAUUAUAAGGAGAAAUCGAAUGUCCUGCAGCUUGUCAUGCACAAGAAGAUCCCGCUCAACACCUGGCCCGCCUACGCUAAAAAGUCAGAACCAGUGAACAUUCUUCAAAAAAAUGGAAGCAACAACUACCAGUCAAGCACAGGACGGUCUGAAAAAUCUAGCGAAGCCAUUGAGAAAACGCCCCCAGUGAGCUCUGCUGAGCAGAAACGAGGUAAACCUGACCGAGGGCUGAAACGAGGGAUGAAAGGCAAGCAGGUGCACGUCACUAAGAGCACAGGAGAAAAAACGCCAGAGAUUAAAUCAAGCGAUAAAGCAGACUCGAUCAAUGAGCCCAGUGCAAAGCGCACCACGCGGCCCUCUAAAAACACAAAGGAGCCCCCCCUAGCUCCCUGCUUGGGAAACGAGUCGAAGUCCAAAGCAACAGUUAAUGGGAAGACGCACACAUCAGAGGUUAACAGCGGUGCCUCUUCAUCAAGCAAUGCAAAAGACAACAGGGCUCAGAUGCAGGGCAAACCUCAAGGAUGCCAGGCAUUGCAAAAAGAAAAAGGGAUUGACAGGAAGCCAAAGAGCAAUGCUCAGGUUGGAUCAGGGGAAAGCAAGAGCGUCUCUGUGUGUGAGCCGCAGGUACCGCAAAAAGACCAUUCUACUCCUGUAAAAACAUGCACUGAUAAAAUAGCGUCUGAUGAGCCAGAAAACAGAAAGGAGGAAACGAAGCCACAGGCUGAAGGCCACAUCCCUAAAAUGCUUCCCUCUCAUGACUUGGGAUCUGGAGAGCCUGCAUCAACAGACUCCAAAAGAGAGGAGUCUCCACAAAAGAGCCACACAGAGGAGAAGAGGGACAAGUCCAAAGAGGAGCCACAAGGAGCAAGCCAAGAGGAGGAUACGGAAGGUCCGGAGCCAAUGGUGGACUUGAAGUUUGUGAAGAAUGACUCGUAUGAGAAGGGAACAGAUCUGAUGGUUGUGAAUGUCUACAUGAAAGAAAUCUGCCGGCAGACGUCCAGGGUGCUGUUCAGGGAACAAGACUUCACUCUUAUCUUCCAGACCAGUGAUCCCAACUUUUUGCGCCUUCAUUCGGAUUGCGGACCAAACACUGUCUUUAAAUGGCAGGUUAAACUCAGGAAUCUAAUUCAGCCCGAUCAGUCCAACUACGCCUUCACUCCGUCCCGUAUCGACAUCACCCUGAAGAAGAGACACAGUCAGCGCUGGGGGGGUCUGGAGGCCCCUGCCACACAAGGUGCAGUGGGGGGCGCCAAGGUUGCUGUGGCCUCCAGCCCUUCUACACUUGAAAAGAGUCAGCCAGGAAGCAGCCAGCAUGCACUUCCUGCAAAAGAAGAACCACGGGUUGGAGAGGAGAAACCCAAACCCCCUAGAGCCCCAGAGGACUCUGGUUUGGAUGCUGUGUCCCCACGCUCAGUUUCCGAACAUGUGUCCCUCAAACAAGAACCUGCUGUUGCCACGCCCAAACCCACCUGCAUGGUGCAGCCCAUGACCCACACUCCUCCGGUAGGCAAUGAGAGAUCAGAAGAGGUGGAGGAGAAAAAAGUAUGUCACCCUGGCUUCACUGGACUGGUCAAUCUGGGAAACACUUGCUUUAUGAACAGUGUGAUCCAGUCCCUCUCCAACACACGGGAGCUCAGGGAUUAUUUCCAUGAUCGAGGUUUUGAGUCAGAGAUUAAUUGUAAUAACCCAUUGGGCACGGGUGGACGGCUGGCCAUUGGCUUUGCUGUUCUGCUACGGGCGCUGUGGAAGGGCACUCAUCAUGCUUUUCAACCCUCCAAAUUAAAGGCUAUCGUUGCCAGUAAAGCCAGUCAGUUUACAGGUUAUGCGCAGCAUGAUGCUCAGGAGUUUAUGGCUUUUUUGCUGGAUGGUCUUCAUGAAGACCUGAACCGCAUCCAAAACAAACCAUACACCGAGACUGUGGACUCAGACGGCCGUCAGGAUGAAGUUGUUGCAGAAGAGGCAUGGCAGAGGCAUAAAAUGAGAAACGAUUCCUUCAUUGUUGACCUCUUUCAAGGCCAGUACAAGUCAAAGCUGGUGUGUCCAAUGUGCUCCAAGGUUUCCAUAACCUUUGAUCCAUUCUUGUACUUGCCAGUCCCUCUACCUCAGAAGCAGAAGGUGCUGACUGUUUUCUAUUUUGCUAAAGAGCCUCACAAGAAACCAGUCAAGUUCUUGGUUAGUGUGAGUAAAGAGAGCUCAAGCACGGCUGAAGUACUGGAGUCAAUAUCUCGCAGCGUGAGGAUCAAACCAGAGAACCUGAGGCUGACAGAGGUUGUGAAGGGCAGGUUCCACAGAAUCUUCUCACCGUCUCAAUCUUUAGACACGGUCUCGUCCAGUGACCUGCUCUUCUGCUUUGAGAUGCUGUCAAAAGAUCUCAUCAAAGAGAGAGUGGUGUUGCUGAAGGUCCAGCAGAGACCUCAGAUUCCUAGCAUACCAAUCACAAAGUGCGCUGGUUGUCUGAAGCCUCCUGCCUCUGACGAUGAGAAGCUGAAGCGCUGCACACGCUGUUAUCGUGUCGGCUACUGCAAUCAGACCUGCCAGAAGAACCACUGGCCUUCUCACAAGACUAUGUGUCGGUCUAAUGUGGAAAACAUUGGACAGCCAUUUUUAAUCAGCGUGCCUGAGUCUAGACUUUCUUACACUCGCCUCACACAGCUUCUAGAAGGCUACUCUAGGUACUCUGUCAAUGUGUUCCAGCCACCUUUCCAGUCAGGUCGGACGUCCCCUGAGUCCAGUCUGUCCCGUGUUGACCUGACUUCCAUGGCGAGCAGCGUCCCAGAGUGUCAAGAGAAGGACCUGCCAUCAGCAGGUGACCCAGAAAACCCAGCAGAGCAGGAUGAAUCUGUCACAGCCUCACAAACGGAGAGUGCAGCAGAUGGAGGAGACACUCUCUCCACACAUACCACUGACUCUGGUUGCUGUGAGCUCGCCUCCAGCUCCCAUGAUUCUCUGCUGGAGAAAGAAACGUCAUGUGAAAAGGCUGUUAAACCAGAAGCUGUAGUAACUGGGUAUCAACAGCCUUCUGAGUCGGCGAGUGGAGGUGCAUCUCAAUUUUACAUCACUAUUCUGGACUCGAGCCAAAAGGAAGACAAAAAACUUGAAGAGAAAGGUGACGCGGUACUGGAGCUGCCUGAUGAGUGCACACUAGAGCUGGUGUGGAAGAACAACGAGCGGCAGAAGGAAUAUGUGCUGGUGCGCUCUAAAGAUCUGGAGUUUGAUGAGGACCCGGGCUCUGCUACCGAGACCUCCAGGGCAGGACACUUCACCUUAGAGCAGUGCCUCAACCUCUUUACCAAACCUGAGGUCCUAGCCCCUGAGGAGGCAUGGUACUGUCCUAAGUGUCAGCAGCACAGAGAGGCCUCUAAACAGCUCCUACUUUGGCGUCUUCCGAAUGUACUCAUCAUCCAGCUCAAGCGCUUCUCAUUUAGGAGUUUCAUAUGGAGGGACAAGAUUAAUGACAUGGUCGAUUUUCCAGUCAGAAACUUGGACUUGAGUAAGUUUUGUAUUGGUCAUAAGGGUGACAUCCAGCAGCCGCCAAUCUAUGAUCUGUACGCUGUCAUCAACCAUUAUGGUGGAAUGAUUGGAGGACACUACACAGCCUAUGCUCGCCUUCCCAGCGACAAGAACAGCCAGCUUAGUGAUGUUGGCUGGCGUUUGUUUGAUGACAGCACAGUCACGACGGUGGAGGAAAGUCAGGUGGUGACGCGUUACGCCUAUGUGCUGUUCUAUCGACGCAGGAACUCUCCAGUGGAAAGGCCGUCUCACCUGCUGGGACCCCUUGGCGCUGAAUCGUCUGCUGCCACAGGUGGUGCUGCCAGUCAGGCUUCUAGCCAGACACUGUUUGGGACAGACCUGGAUCCUGACGGGCCCCCUCAGUUGAGCACGGAAGUGACCUCAGACAUGUUUGCACACUCUGGAGAAUGUGCCGCCCCGUCCUACAGCAGCAUGGAGGAGGUGGAUUGAAACUUGACCCGGUCAGGGAGACUUGCUUUCUCCAAACAAAACAACAAACAUUAAUUGACGUUAAUGCUCACAAGUGGAUCUAGCAUGGCAAAGGUGCUCUAUUUCCUUUUUUUAUUGUUAUUAUUAUUAUUUACAUUUGCAAUGUGGACACAAGAGGCUGGGUGUCCAUUUCCAAUACAAAGACUGCUUGUUUUGGAAACAGCCUGAAUGUUACGAUACAACAAGGCGAUGAUGCUUAAGGACUAAUCACAUAUUCACAAAUAUUUCUGGAAAGUGCACAAAUUGAAAUACACCAUCGGUGGUAAGAGGAAGCGCACAGAUCUGAAAGGUUUUUUAUGACUAUGAAAACAUUUUAACUCCUAGGAAUUAUGCCGUUCACAGUUUCACAUUAGGUUUCUACUAAAAUGUUUCUCUUGCUUGUUUCCACGAGGUGUUACUUUGGGAAAAGCCCAUUAGUGAGUGCGUUCAACGUUUUAUUUUUAUUUUUUUCCUCUUUGAAUUAUCAUCUGGCCUGAUGUGUUUCUCUAUGAAGAGUCUGGAAGUGUUGUGCAAAGCUGUUGUAGGUGAAGUUUUAAGUGUGGACAAAGCAGAUUGUUUUGGAUUUGUUUUACCUUUUACACUAAGGCCAUUACUCAACUUGAUGUCCAUUUUUCUUUCUCAGACAAUCCUGCGAUCGGAAUAGAUUUUGAUUUUGUUUUUUUGCUCUUUGUUGGAUCCUGUGGAAAUGCAAAAAGAGUUUGAUUGAACGAGAUGCAUGUUGACCUGCAAUAGCCCUAGUACUGUGUAUCACAUACCAUCUCUUUAGUUUUUUCUUACGUUUUGAGUGAAUUGUUGUGUUUUCCCCCAUUCCUUGUUUUCGUAUCGGACUGCAUAGUAAGUGGGAAUUGGGGGUUUGAUCGUGAGAAUGCUGCUGUGAAUAAAACAAAUGGUUAAUAUAAAUAAAAAGCCUUUUUUGCUUAACAACAUUA